AAAGAUGGACCACCCCAAGAACAUAAUCUACAAUAGGAAGCUCAUCCUCUGUCCUACGAUCGCAACUUGGUCGUACCAGAACUCCUCUGAGAAUGUCCUGGACGUGGUGGACGAGUUCCCACUGCGGUCGAAUCAGCGAGCGGAACUCUGUGCAGCAAGGUCGGGCGUGGAGUUUCUUAGUAAGGCCAACACCCAGCAUUCAGAGGAUGAAGCUGUAGCUUGGAUUAUCGCGACCGACUCCGAGUAUGUUGUUAAGAGGAUGACCGAAUGGCUGCCAACAUGGAAGAGGAACGGCUGGCGCACAUCCAAAGGCACUAAACCAGCAAAUUUAGAUCUGUUCAUCGCUCUUGACGACGUGGUGAUGACGCUCGAGGCGAAGAAUGUAAUUAUUAGGUUCUGGCACAUCCCAAGGGGGCACAACAAACUUGCUGAUCGAAUUGCGAAAGCGGCUGCCAACUAUGGUGAUGAGGCCAGUGUGUAGGCUCGAGAUGCGAGGCAUCGAUCUCAUGCACGCGAGAGAACUUCGAAUGGCAACUCCACAUCCUUUUCAAUAUAAAUACUGCUACAUAAUGAAAUCUUGUUCUGA